AUCUUAUGAGAUCUUCUGCUCUCUCAAAGCUCCGCGGAAACCAUGGCGACGGAGGGCCAGCGAGUGGUGCUGAUCACCGGCUGCUCGUCCGGGAUCGGGCUGGGCAUCGCCGUGCAGCUCGCGAGAGACGACAACAAGCGCUACCACGUCAUAGCUACGAUGCGGGAUCUGAAGCGGAAGGAUAAGUUGGUUGAAGCGGCUGGAGACGCGUACGGACGAACUCUGUCUCUGCUCACGCUGGACGUCUGCAGUGAUGAAUCAGUCAAACAGUGUGUCGACAGCGUCAAAGAUCGACAUAUAGACAUACUGAUCAGUAACGCUGGCGUCGGGCUGGUCGGGCCGGUGGAGGGGCUCAGUAUGGACGACAUGGCAAACGUGUUCGAGACCAAUUUCUACGGUGCGGUGCGCAUGAUUAAAGAGGUCAUGCCCGACAUGAAGAGGAGGCGCUCUGGACACAUCGUCGUCAUCAGCAGUGUGAUGGGCCUGCAGGGUGUGGCGUUUAAUGACGUCUACUCCGCGUCAAAGUUCGCCAUAGAGGGCUUCUGUGAGAGUCUGGCCGUCCAGCUGCUCAAGUUUAACGUCACUAUGUCAAUGAUCGAGCCCGGGCCCGUACACACCGAGUUUGAGAUGAGGAUGAUCGAAGACGUUUCUAAGAAAGAGUUCCCCGGGACUGAUGCCGAGACACUCCACCACUUUAGGACCUGCUACCUGACCGGCGCAGUCAACAUCUUCCAAGGCCUGGGCCAAACGCCCAAGGACAUAGCCAAGGUCACUAAGAAGGUGAUCGAGUCGCCUCAUCCUCCGUUCCGUAACCUGACGAAUCCUCUUUACACUCCGAUCGUGGCGCUGAAGUAUGCGGACGACACCGGCAGCCUGUCUGUUCACACCUUCUAUCACAUGCUGUAUAACCUGGGAGGAGUCAUGAACGUCAGCGUGAGCUUAAUGAAGUGCCUGAGCUGUGGAUGGUUACGGAGACGAACCAUCUCACCAAUCUAACACACACAUCUCCUGUGGAUACUUAC